GCCUCGCGCUGAGAGCAGCACGUCACGAUACUCAAUCUCAGUCAGAUGUAGGGGACCAGGGCAGACCGCGCAAUAUCAACUGUCAGGAGCAGGGUUCAGUUGGCCCUGGUCCUCCCUCUGCUGCGAAGGCCUGCAUCCCAGCCUGAAGGCCUGGCUGGGUGGGAGGAAGCAUAAUGAGCGGUAAGAGCCUGCUGCUGAAAGUCAUCCUGCUGGGAGACGGCGGAGUGGGCAAGUCCUCCUUGAUGAACCGCUAUGUCACGGACCGUUUCGACUCCCAGUCUUUCCACACCAUCGGAGUGGAGUUCCUCAAUCGGGACUUGGAGGUGGACGGGCGUCUGGUCACCCUCCAGAUCUGGGACACGGCGGGCCAGGAGCGCUUCAAGUCACUGCGCACGCCUUUCUACCGAGGUGCCGACUGCUGCUUGCUCACGUUUGCUGUGAACGACCUGCAGAGCUUUCAGAACCUCGGCUGCUGGAAGAAAGAGUUCAUGUUUUACUCCGAUGUCAAAGACCCUGAGCGGUUCCCCUUCGUGGUGCUCGGGAACAAGGUAGACAUGGAGCAGAGGGAGGUGGGAGAGGAUGAAGCACGGGCCUGGUGUGAAGAGAACGGCUGCUGUCCUUACUUUGAGACCAGUGCUAAAGACGACACUAAUGUCACAGCGGCGUUUGAGGCGGCUGUCAGGGAGGUCCUUGCUGCAGAGGACCAGAUCGACCAUGCGCUGUUGAGUAGUACUAUAGAUCUGCAUGGCAACCGCAAAACCUCCCGUGUGUCUUGCUGCUGAUUGCACUAGUGUGUGAAUCCGUGUUUCCCUAAUCUUGCUGGCUGGAGCCUACCGCAGGUAGUUUCAGAAGCCGCUCCGCUAUCAUUAUGGUACAUGUGCUGUACGUACAAGGUACUGACUGAAGUGUCCCCUGAAGAUAAUACGGAUAAGAUAAAGCUGUAAUAAGAUGGGUGGUGUGAGGGCUUCAGCUGAUGUCUAGAUUGUUGAAUUACUGCUAUCACCAGAGCACAGGUGUACUGUAACAGGCACAUUAAUCUCUUGUGCUCGGUCUGCUUUUAGAAAUAUUGCACAAAACAUUUCUACUCAUCUUAAACCUUGUCUUUGCCUAUGCAGAGGAUGUGUCAGACUUGAAUUUAUACAUUCAGCAGGAGGCACAGAUGAUGCAUUUACAAAGUGUUUGCUUUAUUCCAAAUAUUUCAAUUUUAAAUCCAUACAGUGAUGAGGGGAUCAUACCAGUGCUUUCUCGAAAGAGCACACUCUAUCUUUCAUACAGGAACACACAGUUGCUCUCGUAAGUGAUCAGCUUUCAGUCAGAUUGAUUUUCCAGAGUUUUAGAGGGACUGACUACGACACUAAACCCUCUUUUUUAUCUGAUAUAUUAGCAGUUGUUGGAGAGCUAAUGUAGUUUCUUGAAACAGACUGUGUCUGUAUUAAGUGCUCCUGAUCCAGGCAAAUAUUACAAAGAAGGACUCUCAACAUCAGUCAGAUUUCAGGUAUGAGGGAAUUUAAGAGAUUGCUGCACUGAAAAGGAAGACUUAUGUUCGUCUUCGACAGUAAGGGAAUAUUGAGCUUUAAUUCUACAGCUCUGACUGUGAGUAUUCGUUAUGAAGUAUUAUGGAACUCAUUGUUUUACACCGUCUUCUACCACUGAACUACAUAGUAGCUGAACGUGUCAGGGAGUCUCAAUUUAUUUUUAUUUCCUUUGAUUUGACAUAGAACAAGCAAGGUACAGUCAAAUUUUCUUCAAUCAGGAAAGGUACUGCUUUUGCAAAUAUUGAUAAGUUUUUGUGUGAAGCACAUGUCCUUCCUUCAAGGUGUUCUUUUUUUCUAAUAGAUUUUUAACUGUUUUGUGUGAUAUUUGCCUUGAGCUUCAGUGUUUUUCAUCAGGUACUAAUUAAAACGUACUUUCUUGUUAAGUCCUGGAGGUUACAAAUAAAAUCGUCAUCCCUGUAAAUGUGUGACUGCCUUGCCGGUUACAUUGCGGGCCUUAACAUUCCAGUUCUUUAUCUUAGCCGAAUCCAAGGGUCUCCUGUGCUUUACUGAUGUGACACACACACACGUGUCGAACUGGUCUUUACAAAUCCCAGCUGAAUGUGAAAUGGCUCGAGCACGGCCAUUAAGGCGCGACCUGUGCAUCGACUCCCCGGUUCGUCCUUGCAGUAUUGAGAGAAACAAACAGCUGAGUAUUCUGACGAGUUAUCAGUGUUUACUUGUUUCCAGCUGGGCAGGUACUUCGUUCUCAUUUUAUUUGUACUUACCGGUUUACUUCCACAGGUACAUUUCAUUGUUUCUUUGGUUUUAAACAAUAAUAGAUGUCAGUUUCAGAGUGGUCAAACCUUUUUAUUUUGAUUAUUUUUUUGUUGCUUCUACUUAAAUGACCAAUAUUGUUUUUUAAAUGAGGGUUUAUUUUGGGGAAUUUGUAAUGUUUUAUGGUAAUGUUCUAGUGUGUCUCAGCCCAGGAUUAAACUGUUUGUUUGCAAAGUGAAUAAAGACAAAAAGAAUAAUAGGCCAGUCACUGUCGAAAUGAAACAAAUCCAAUCAGGUACUGUCACAUUAACUUAUUACAUGUUCUUCUGAUUAUCCUCACUGACCGUGAUUAACUAGUUUGUACGAUAUCUUUUUAAAGUUACAUUCUCACAAUUGAUGAAAGAAACCUCAACUAUGAAUUUCCACAAUAUUACACCUGAGAUAUAGACAUAUAUAAAUCCGGCUAGUCGCACACAAUAAUUCAAAGUCAAAAGUUCUGUCACUUUAUUACUAGUCAGUAUUGUUUUUUUUAAAUGUCAUUUCAGCUCAAACUCUGUUUAUACCCCAGAUAAUGUAGCCUUCCAGUGUUUACCUGAGAAUCUGGUCUUGAUAAGCUGGUAGCACAACACACAGUAUGUUACUCACAUGAUGAUGUCCAUAAUUUCACUGCAACCAUGUCCAAUGUGUUUUUUUUUUUCUCCAUUUCUGUAAUAUUUAUGAAUGUAAAAA